GAGAGCUUCAGGGUCGCCCGGGCAGGGUUCUGGCUCAUCCCAGAGGGACGCUAGGAGGCGCGGCCUCUCUUCGCGAUGGCCAAUCCGCGGCCACCCCUCUCCUCCCACAAAUCCCCAACUUCUCUGAGCCUUGGCUGGGUUUCCCGCCGUGUGUCUCUGCAUUGCCCUGUGUCUCUCCCCAUUCUCGGGCUCUUUCCUCCCCCUCCUGCCCCACUGACCCAUGGGCCUCACCUGGCCCAGUGACUCUGUGACCGCUUCACACUUUUGUCCCCUCACUCCCCUGGGCCCCGUCGGUGCAUGAGCCCAACCCUUCCUGCUAUUUUCCUCGUCACUCUUCAGCCCCCUCUCUCAUAUCCUCUGAACCGGUUGACAAUACUCUUCGUGUUCUUUUUAAACUGCAAUUCCUGAACUACAAAUCCUGGCCGGGCGUGGUGGCUCAGUCCUGUAAUCCCAGCACUUCGGGAGGCCAAGGUGGGCGGAUCGCUUCAGGUCAGGAGUUUGAGACCAGCCUGGGCAACAUGGUGAAACCCCGCUCUCUACUAAAAUACAAAAAUUAGCCGGGCAUGAUAACAAGCGCCUGUAAUCCCAGCUACUUGGGAGGCUAACGCACGAGAAUCUUGGGGGGAAAAAACCCCAAAACUGUAAUUCCUGGCUGAGGUAUGCUUUGUAUAUCCUUCUUAGCUGACCUGAGCCCAAUUUACCUCAAGACUUGGCCUCUUGGUCUCCUCAGCCCAAAUGCUCACUUUAUUCUCCUAUCCCCUCUUUGAGGGAAGCAGAGGGCCUUCCUUCCCCUCAUCCUGGACAAGGCAUGCGUGCUCAGAUUUUCCUGUAAGGCAACAUGGGCUCUUGCCUGCCACUCUGGCCGCCUGGUGUCUCCAUUAUAGUCGGUGCCUCAGUGAGGUCCUUAAGAGGGCAAGAGGUGACUUUCUUUCUAACUAUGUAGGGAGCCAGGGAAUCCCGGCCAGAGAUAAGCUUAGAUGGAUGCCAGCAGGCCCCUGGGUAGUUAGGGUUCAAAGAACAAUGUGGAACCACAUAGGUUACAAAGUGAGUACAGAAAGGCCUCUAGAAGGCCGCAGGCAUUUGCCUUUUUCUUUUAGCUGAUAGGAUGGGGCGAGAUUAGGAGAUGGGACGAGGAAGGAGGAUGCUUUGAACUGAACAGACAAGUCUGUCUGACUUCUCACAGCUUGUUCUGUGGGAGAGUGUGGGGCCAGUUGCUUGUAGUUUUUUCCUGCCCCUGGGAAUAUCCCUGCCAGCACUGGGGCCCAGGGCCCUGCAGACUGCCCUAUUUGCUUCAAAACUUCUUUCCCCAACCUGGCUGAUCUCACCAUGUCAAGAUCUAGUUAUGCUUGAGCAGGCAUUGGGCUCCAGGCCUCUGGCCCCUCCAGAAGGGCCACUUGACUGUAAGGAUGAAAUCCUGUCUCUGAGCUGCACUCAGUGUGAAGUGCCGCCACCUGCAUCUCCCUGUCUCAGGGUUGUGGAUACCCCCUGGCUGGGCUUCAUGGAGAAAUCUUCUCUGAUCACCAACCUGAAUCCCAGAGUAGCCUCCAUCUUAGGACAGAAUGAGAGGCCUUCUGUAACCAGAUAUAACUGGCCAGCAUGGGGAAAUUGAUCAGGAUGGGGCCGCAAGAGAGGUGGUUACUCCGGACAAAGCGGCUUCAUUGGAGUCGCCUCCUCUUCUUACUGGGAAUGUUGAUCAUCGGUUCUACCUAUCAGCACCUUAGGAGACCCCGGGGCCUUUCCUCAUUGUGGGCAGCAGUCUCUUCUCAUCAGCCUAUAAAACUGGCCAGUCGAGACCUCCCCAGUGAAGAGAUGAUGAUGGUGAGCAGCAACCCUUCAAAACCUAGCUCCGAAAUGGGGGGUAAGAUGCUGGUACCCCAAGCCUCAGUGGGCAGUGAUGAAGCAACACUGAGCAUGACAGUGGAGAAUAUCCCCAGUAUGCCUAAAAGAACAGCCAAGAUGAUCCCAACAACAACCAAGAAUAAUUACAGCCCAACAGCAGCAGGUACAGAAAGAAGGAAGGAAGACACCCCAACAUCCAGUAGAACACUGACUUACUACACCUCAACUUCAAGCAGACAAAUAGUAAAAAAGUAUACCCCAACACCCAGGGGAGAAAUGAAGAGCUACAGCCCAACUCAAGUCAGGGAAAAGGUGAAGUAUACUCCUUCCCCACGUGGUAGAAGAGUAGGCAUUUACGCUCCAUCCACAUUCAUGACAAUGGAAACAAGCCAUGCGAUCACCCCCAGGACAACAGUGAAGGACAGUGACAUUACAGCAACCUAUAAAAUACUGGAAACCAACUCUCUUAAGAGAAUAACGGAUGAAACCACCCCAACCACUCUCAAGGGAAUGUUUGAUAGCACCCCAACUUUUCUGACACAUGAGGUAGAAACAAACGUCUUGACUUCUCCAAGGAGCGUCAUGGAAAAAAACAACCUGUCUCCCCCCAGAAGAGUGGAAAGUAACAGCUCAGCCCAUCCCUGGGGGUUAGUGGGAAAGAACAACCUGAAGACUCCCCAGGGAACAGUGCUGGUGCAUACCCCAGCCACCUCUGAGGGGCAGGUGACAAUAAGCACCAUGACAGGCAGCAGCCCAGCAGAAACCAAAGCCUUCACUGCUGCCUGGAGUCUUAGGAAUCCCUCACCCAGGACCAGUGUAUCAGCCAUCAAAACAGCCCCAGCCACAGUCUGGAGGCUGGCAAAGAAACCUUCCACAGCACCCAGCACUUCAACAACCCCCACGGUCAGGGCAAAGCUGACCACGCAGGUCCAUCACUGUGUGGUUGUGAAGCCAACCCCAGCCAUGCCCACCACUCCCUCCCCAAGCCUCACAACGGCCCUGCUCCUAGAGGAGCUCAGUCCCAGUCCCUCAGUGCUGCCUCCCAGCUUGCCAGACCUCCACCCCAAGGGAGAGUACCCCCCAGAUCUGUUCAGUGUGGAGGAGCGGCGGCAGGGCUGGGUGGUCCUGCACAUUUUUGGCAUGAUGUAUGUGUUUGUGGCCUUGGCCAUUGUUUGCGAUGAGUACUUCGUUCCAGCCCUGGGUGUCAUCACAGACAAGCUGCAGAUCUCCGAGGAUGUGGCAGGUGCCACAUUCAUGGCUGCUGGAGGCUCUGCUCCUGAGCUUUUCACCUCCCUCAUCGGUGUCUUCAUUUCCCACAGCAACGUGGGCAUCGGUACCAUUGUAGGCUCUGCUGUGUUCAACAUUCUCUUUGUCAUUGGCACUUGUUCCCUCUUCUCCCGAGAGAUCCUCAACCUCACCUGGUGGCCCUUAUUCCGUGAUGUCUCCUUCUACAUCCUUGACCUGAUAAUGCUCAUCCUCUUCUUCCUGGACAGCCUCAUUGCCUGGUGGGAGAGCCUGCUGCUGCUGCUGGCCUAUGCCUUCUAUGUGUUCACCAUGAAGUGGAACAAGCAUAUCGAGGUCUGGGUGAAGGAGCAGCUCAGCAGGAGGCCAGUGGCCAAGGUCAUGGCCUUAGGAGACCUCAGCAAGCCGGGCGAUGGGGCCAUUGCGGUGGAUGAGCUACAGGAUAACAAGAAGCUGAAGCUCCCGUCCUUGCUGACCCGAGGGAGCAGCUCGACUUCUCUGCACAACAGCACCAUCCGCAGCACCAUCUACCAGCUCAUGAUCCACAGCCUGGACCCCCUGAGGGAAGUUCGCCUUGCCAAGGAGAAGGAGGAGGAGAGCUUGAAUCAAGAGGCCAGAGUCCAAUCCCAGGCCAAAGCAGAAAGCAAACCAGAAGAGGAGGAGCCAGCCAAGCUCCCUGCGGUCACGGUCACACCAGCCCCUGCUCCAGACAUCAAGGGAGAUCAGAAGGAGAAUCCAGGCGGUCAGGAAGAUGUGGCUGAGGCCGAGAGCACAGGUGAAAUGCCAGGCAAAGAGGGCAAAACUGCUGGUGAAGGUGAAACUGAAGAGAAAAGUGGAGGUGAAACUCAACCAGAAGGUGAAGGUGAAACUGAAACACAAGGAAAAGGAGAAGAACGUGAAGGUGAAAAUGAAGCAGAAGGAAAAGGAGACAAUGAAGGUGAAGGUGAGGGUGAAAUCCACGCAGAAGAUGGUGAAAUGAAAGGUAAUGAAGGUGAAACUGAAAGCCAGGAACUCAGUGCUGAAAAUGACGGUGAAGCCAAAAAUGAUGAGAAAGGUGUAGAAGAUGGAGGGGGAAGUGAUGGAGGGGGUAGCAAAGAGGAGGAAGAGGAGGAGGAAGAGGAGGAGGAAGAGGAGGAGGAGGAGGAGGAAGAGGAGGAGAAGGGAAAUGAAGAGCCUCUGUCCCUGGACUGGCCUGAAACCAGGCAGAAGCAGGCCAUUUACCUCUUCCUCCUGCCCAUCGUGUUCCCACUGUGGCUGACAGUCCCCGACGUCCGAAGGCAGGAGUCUAGGAAGUUUUUUGUUUUCACCUUCCUGGGAUCUAUCGUGUGGAUAGCCAUGUUCUCAUACCUCAUGGUGUGGUGGGCUCACCAGGUUGGUGAAACAAUAGGGAUUUCUGAAGAGAUUAUGGGCCUGACAAUCCUUGCAGCAGGCACAUCAAUUCCUGACCUCAUCACCAGUGUGAUUGUCGCUCGAAAAGGCCUGGGAGACAUGGCUGUGUCAAGCUCUGUGGGCAGUAACAUAUUUGAUAUCACUGUGGGCUUGCCUGUUCCUUGGUUGCUUUUCUCUCUUAUCAAUGGAUUACAGCCAGUUCCAGUCAGCAGCAAUGGCUUGUUUUGUGCAAUUGUUUUGCUUUUUCUCAUGCUUCUGUUUGUGAUCUCUUCAAUUGCGUCAUGUAAAUGGAGAAUGAACAAGAUCCUGGGCUUCACAAUGUUCCUCCUUUACUUUGUAUUCCUGAUAAUCAGUGUGAUGUUAGAAGAUAGAAUCAUAUCCUGUCCUGCAUCUGUCUGAGUCAGUCACUCUUGCUUACAAUGGGCAUGGAUCAGAAGACCAUGCAGAAGUUACUGUAUCUCUUGUGACACUAAUGAAAGAAUGUAUAUGAUCCUGGAAAGUGAACUGGGUGACCUAGGACCUCUGAUGUGAAUGUGAUCUGAGACUAAGGUUUGUCCUUGGAAACACCUGCAGCUCAUUGUGGAUUAAGACCCUCGCCCCUGGAGGGGUGGAGUUUCUACCCCUGACUCAUGCAGACAUCUAUUACAUGGAGGCAGCAGAAGGACCCUUGGAGCCAGAGGGUUUUCUAAAUGAGAUAACUGGGGGCAAAGGUUGGGAUAGGAGCAGCAGCUAUAAGACAAGCUCCUAUGCUCACCGUUCCCUGAUCAUUCCAAGGGCUGCUGGCCCAAAAGAUGCAGAUGUGGUCUACAUGUCAGCCUUCCUGACCUCUGCCCCAAACACAUGCUGCAAUUUUGUCUCCUCCUUUUCUGUUCAAAUUGUGAGGUUCUAUCAGGUUUGUAAUCACUGUAGCUUCAGUUAUUGUUGAGUUUAGGGAUCCAAGACUACAGAAAAAAAAGAAAUAUAACAGGAAUCAAUGAUCAUUCCACGUUUUGUAGCCCACUGCAUCUGGAUAUAUACCAGUAUUUUCUUUCUUUCUUUUUUUUCUUUGAGACAGAGUUUUGCUCUUGUUGCCCAGGCUGGUGUGCAAUGGCGUGAUCUUGGCACACCACAACCUUCCCCUCCCCGGUUCAAGCAAUUCUCCUGCCUCAGCCUGAAGUCGUGAUCUGCCCGCCUCGGCCUCCCAAAGUGCUGCGAUUACAGGCGUGAGCCACCGUGCCCGGCCUAUACCAGUAUUUUCUAGUUUAAAAGGAGGACUACAUUAACUCUUAUUGUUGCAUUUCUGAAAAGUGAAAUUUAAAAAGCAGCCUGAAAAAUAAAAAUUUAUAAUUUGCCCUUGAAUUGGAAGGAAUGGAGAUUAGGGAAGGAAAACUACUCUAGAGGCCAUUUAAAAGUAUGUGUUUAUUAGAACAUGCAAAUUAAUGUUGUCUCCAUCAGUGGUCACCUUGAGGGAUUAGACAUUCUAAUGGAAUGUCCUGGCUCCACCCUUGGCCGGCUGUCCUGGCUCCACCCUCCAGCAUGUUCUCACCCAACAAUGACAGUUGAGUGGAGUGGGAAGGGAAGGGAAGUCAUUCUAAAGAGUCCAAAGUCAGUAGUGCCACAUCUGGUUUAUAAAGUAAGAGAUCCAGUGGGGCAAUGCUAUUUUUGUAUGUCAACCUAGAUCGGAUUAUAAAGCAAGACUGAUUUCUUCUGUGGUUUAUGAAUGGAUCUUAAGUUAAUUACAAAAGGGAAAUUCCAAGAAUGCAUAACACAAUGACAACAUGGUGAGAAAAGUGCAGUACUACUUCCAAGGUAGCUAGUGUAAAGGACACUUGAGUUUUUAAAAAUGUGGUUAAAUGUUUUAUGUGGAAUUUGAUGAGUUUGUAUAUUAAAUACCACUGCUUGCUGCUUUUACUAGAAUCAAGUUAAGGGACACGUUAGAAAUAGAACAGCUUAAUAUCACUGGCUUCAGAGCAAAAUGAGCUCGGGUGACUCUAGAUUAUGAUGGUAAAUAUGGCUUUAAUUACAAACAUGAGGAAUGAUUCACUGAAGAUGAAAAGAUAGGAUGGAUGUGAUGUGAAAAAAACCCAAACAUUUUGGCAUUGAACGAUGGCUAAGGUGUUCCAAGUAUUCCAUCUUUUAAAGAUGAUGAACUGCUUAAUUAAUUGCCUCGCUACCCCAGGAUUCCCAUUCUUUGGAAAUAAUUUUUAUUAAAUUUCAAUAAACUGUGAAUCCCAAUGGUAUUUUACUUUACAACAUGGAUGGGCUCAUCCUUAUCUUUAGGUCAUUUGGUCAGAAUCCUCCCGAGAAGGCUGAUGAAGAGUAUGGAAUCAUGUUCCAAUUCUAUAUUCUUAAUUAUCCUUAUUCCUGAUGCUACUGCAUUGCUGGGUUUCCAUAGCCAAGGCCUAAGAACAGGAGGAGAAGGCAAUGCCUGUGGGAGGGAGGUCCCAAUACCAAAAUUCUGGGCGCUAACCUGGUGUCUGCAGCCUGUUCCCGUUAGCCUUGGGGAUGUCACCUCACCCACAGCCUGGGAUCUGACGUUCUUCCUCAGACUGAGUAAGGAGUGAUGGACCGUAAAAUGCUGUGUAAUGAUAAAAGGCUGAAAUAUCCACUGAAUGAUUAAAACCAACUCUAACAAUCUGACAUCCUUUUCCCAGUUUGCUGAAUUUCUGGCAUACCCCUUUGCCUAGAAGGGAAGUUCUGAUCACUUCACAGUGUUACAGAAAAGGACAAGUACAAAAAAUGAAAGCUGAGUCUUGAUGAAUGAGUAGGAAUUCACUGGGGGAGAGAGUGAGAUUACUUUGGUGAGAUGGAAAACUUGUGUAACUUUUAAAAGACUAAUUAGUUAUACCUGGAAAUUAAAUUUUUUGGUCACACAUUUACAAACGUACUAUAAUAUUAAAAUCAUGCUGUUUUAGAGGUAAAGUACCAUUUAAAAAUGUCAAGAUAAUAUUGAGAUGGUUCUCUCACUUUAUAGGCAGAAUAUUCUGUAUAUAGUUACUUGUGACAAAUUCUAGGUCGUUCAUUCAGCCUGGAAAGUCUGAACUGUCCCAAAUGGGUAUUUGAAUUGGAAGUCAGUGGCUACAUGGAUGACUUCAACCCCCUUAGGCUGCACUUCCUUGAAGGCCCUGGUAAUAGGUUUGAGCUAGUUUUCUGAAUUCUUCCUCAUUUAAUGGGUUAAGAGUUUAUAUAGUACCAGAAAAAAGAGAUGUAUUCCAAAUUUUUCAAACUGUUAUGUGUUUAAAUGGUGUUUUGUUUUGUUUUGUUUUAAAAAGAGACGGGGCCUUGCCCUGUCACCCAGGCUAGAGUGCAGUGACAUGAACAUGGCUCACUGUAGCCUCACCUUUUGGACUCAGGUGAUCCUCCCGCCUCAGCCCCCCAAGUAGCUGGGACUACAGAAGUGCACCACCACACUCAGCUAAUUCUUGUUUUUUGUAGAGAUAGGGUUUUGCCAUGUUGCCCAGGCUGAUCUCGAACUCCUGAGCUCAGGCAAUCUGCCUGCCUCGGCCUCCCAAAGUGCUGAGAUUACAGGCAUGAGCCACUGUACCCAGCCAAAAUGGUUACUAUAUAUUUUGAACAUUAUAUUGCACUGUCAUCAAUAGAUUCGAAAAUAGUUUUACCAAAUUAUAGGCUUAGUUUUUUAUAGCUGUCUAUAUCAAUAUUAUUUAAAGAUUGAGUACCAAAGGGGGCAGAAAUUGGAAAUGUAUUAUCUAGAGCACAGCCUAGUAAAAUAAUCAGGAAGAGGGCCAGGCGCGGUGGCUCAUGCCUAUAAUCCCAGCACUUUGGGAGGCUGAGGCGGGUGGAUCACGAGGUCAGGAGACCGAGACCAUCCUGGCUAACACGGUGAAACCCCGUCUCUACUAAAAAAAUACAAAAAAUUAGCCGGGCGAGGUGGUGGGCACCUGUAGUCCCAGCUACUCGGGAGGCUGAGGCAGGAGAAUGGUGUGAACCCAGGGGGGUGGAGCCUGCAGUAAGCCGAGAUCGCACCACUGCACUCCAGCCUGGGCAACAGCAAGACUC